GUGGUAAAAAAAUGGGGAGAGGGGAACGGAAGAACGAAACCAGAUGACCACCAUGCCUAGCUGCAGUUCAUCGUCCUCGGUUCAUCAAUUUUCAAAGCCAAAUGAUCUCCUCCAGUUUCAGACGUUGAAUGGCCUUCACCAUCUUGCUGAAACCGGAAGAUUCAAGGCAUGGUUUUUGGAUCAAUUUGGAGUUUUUCAUGAUGGAAAACAACCUUACCCUGGUGCCAUAUCAACAUUAGAAAAACUGAAAGAAUGUGGUGCGAAAAUGGUGGUUAUCAGUAAUUCUUCAAGGAGGUCAUCUGUUACACUGGAAAAAUUGAAGAACCUUGGGUUUGAUUCAUCUAUCUUUGCGGGAGCAAUUACAAGUGGAGAAUUGACACACCAGAACCUACAAAGGAGGGAUGAUUCAUGGUUUGCUUUCCUCGGUAGGUCCUGCAUUCAUAUGACUUGGAAUGAAAGAGGAGCUAUAUCUCUUGAGGGCCUAGGGUUACAAGUCGUGGAAGAUGUUCAUGAAGCUAGUUUUAUUCUAGCUCAUGGGACUGAGGCCAUAGGGCUUUGCUCUGGAGCUACACUUCCAAUGAAGCUUGAAGGUCUUGAAAAAAUACUAGAGGAGUGUGCUGCUAGAAAAAUUCCUAUGGUGGUGGCAAAUCCUGACUUUGUGACAGUUGAGGCAAGGGUUCUACAUGAUAUGCCUGGAAAGCUAGCAGCCAAAUAUGAAGAACUUGGUGGGGAAGUUAAGUGGAUGGGCAAGCCUAAUAAGAUUAUAUACAACACGGCUAUGGCGAUGGUUGGUGUAGAAGCCUCUGAGUGUAUUGCUGUGGGAGACUCGCUUCACCAUGAUAUUAAAGGUGCAAAUUCAGCAGGAAUCUCUUCUGUAUUUAUUACUGGUGGGAUCCAUGCUACUGAACUUGGACUUGAUGGUUUUGGAGAAGUUGCAGAUAGUACGUCUGUUCGUGAUCUUGCUUUAAAAUAUGAUGGAUUUCCAACGUAUGUUCUUCCUUCUUUUACUUGGUAAGUGAUGUACUGCUCCAACAUGAUGAAGUCUNCCCCCUC